GAUUUUACGACACGCCGCAAAACGGUCCUUUGGGCGGUCGACGUGACAAGUUGCCGACACUCCGCAUUGCACAACUUCUUGAAAUUCCCAAAUGUCGGCCUCCCGGCAAAGACUUAAAGACGCAAGAAGGCCACAGAAGACGCCAAGAUGAAGCUCAUCGACAGGAGCUUCGAUAAAGACGGAUCAGGUCAGGUGACCCUGCUCCCUGAGGACCCGGAGGACAUGUGGCACGCCUUUAACCUGGUCGCCGUGGGAGACAGUCUCAGGUCCACCACCAUCAGAAAAGUCCAGAAUGAAUCUGCCACGGGAAGUGUCAGCAGUAGCAAAAUCCGCACCACUCUCACGGUGAACAUAGAGACAAUCGACUUUGACACGCAGGCCUGCGUACUCAGGGUCAAGGGCAGGAACAUACAGGAGAACCAAUAUGUCAAGAUGGGAGCCUAUCACACUCUAGACCUGGAGCUCAACAGGAAGUUCACCCUCGCUAAGGAAUGCUGGGAUGCCAUUGCAAUAGACAGAAUAGAACAAGCCUGUGAUAUUGAGAAGAAGGCGGACGUUGCAGCACUAGUGAUGCAGGAGGGACUGGCACACCUGUGUCUGCUGACAGGCAGCAUGACCGUCGUACGAGCAAAGAUCGAGACCAACAUCCCCCGCAAGAGGAGGGGCAGCUGUGAGCAACAUGACAAGGGACUUGGUCGGUUCUAUGAGUCUGUCAUGCAGGCUAUAUUGCGUCAUGUCAACUUUGAAAUUGUGAAGUGUGUCCUUGUAGCCAGCCCAGGGUUUGUGAAAGACCAGUACUGUGAGUACAUGUUCAGUCAAGCCAUCAAAACAGACUGCAAAGUCAUCACAGAGAACAAGUCCAAGUUCCUGCUGGUCCAUUCCUCCUCUGGCUUCAAGCACUCACUCAAAGAAGUGUUACAGGAUCCAUCAGUUGCUGCCAAACUGGCAGACACAAAGGCUGCUGGUGAGGUGAAGUCACUGGAACAGUUUUACAUCAUGUUGCAGCAUGAACCAGACAGAGCAUAUUAUGGCAUCAAACAUGUGGAAAGUGCCAGUGAGUCUGAGGCCAUAGAAACCCUCCUCAUUUCUGACAGGCUGUUCAGGGCUCAAGACGUGGCCACGAGAAGAAGAUAUGUGGCACUAGUGGAGAAGGUGAAGGAUUUAGGAGGCGAUGUCAAGAUUUUCUCCAGUCUCCAUGUGUCAGGAGAACAGCUGGAUCAGCUGACAGGAGUAGCUGCUAUCCUGCGUUUUCCGAUUCCUGAAAUUGACGAAGAAGAUGCCACGGAUUCAGACGAGGACUGAUGCAUGAAAUGUUAGGCAGUCAUUCUAAACCCUCCAAUUAUGCCUGAACAGCUAGGAUAUUGUUUGCUGGUGCUAAAAAGGCCACUUUGGCAGAAAGGACGUUAACACACACACACACUCAGCCUCCUCUUAAAUUUGUCACUUUUAGAUACCAACUCAGUGAGGUAUCUGCUUCAGAAGUCAAGCUAAGGAAGUGUGUGUAUCAAAAUCAUUUUUGAUGGCUGUUUCUGCAAUAUUUUAGAAACUGUAAAAUCAAUCAGUCUUUGUACAAAAAGACAAACUGGAUUCGAAAAAGAUGGAUAGUUAGUCUACUUGUAACAGUUGUUGUAGUGGCGAUGGGCUAUUGGGAGGAGUUUGUUGUGGUAUUCAUUAUUUGGGUUAUGAUGAUCACUUGCUAAUGAUUGUAAGGAAGUCGGAGGAAGUACAGGGUGUCUCAUGAGAACAUACAAAGAACAUCCUAGCAUUAAGUAUUGUGUAAGUUUAGACAUUGGCUUUUUUCUGUCUCGGUUGAUGAUGGGUCUACCAUCAACACUUAUGUAGAGAGAUAAUCUAAGUCUGUAAACUUUGUGCACUUUAAACUCAUCUCAGGCAUGCCAUGAUUGCCUGUUGUUAACAAUAGUAAUAUAUUUUGUUCAGGAUAUAUUACUUUAUGUUCAAUGGAUGUCAUGAAAACAAACCAUUGUUGAAGUUGUUACAAUUUAAAGAAUAUGUUGUACAGUGUACACUGUAGAUACAAAAGUGCAACUGUUCAUUGUUAUUGAUUUUUAAAGAUAUUGACAAAAACAUAAAACAUUAUGUAUAGAAGACUAUAUUAACUUUCAAGUUUAAAAGAUAAAGUAGUCCUUCAGAGAAGAAAUAAUGGAAAUAAACAAAACUGACACAAGCCAAGAAAUCGGUCGGAACCAUUUAUUUUUCUUGAAGACAGAACCACAAUCUUCAGACUUGGACAGCUGUAUGUACAAGCAGACAACUCUAGUUAGUGGUUACAUUCUUUGGUAUAAUAGAUAGCUGA